GUAUGUACAAGUCUAUUACUAAGGAAAUAGUACUACAUGUAACGUGGCAGCUUGUCAUUCUCUUCACAUCUGUUUCUCUUUUCGGGUGCCUACAUCUUACUGACUGUCGAUUUCGCACCACUAAAGGAAAGGUUAAGAAUAACACGCCUGUAGUAACGACUUUGGAGAGGUUCAUGUCUUCUUUAACCAGAAGCGUUUUCCUUGGGCGACGAUCGAGCUCGCCUAUUGCGUCUAAUUGUAAAAUAGAACUUCAAGAAAACCAUCCUACCGAAGCAGAAGAUAAGCUCUUCCUUACCAAAAAGGAAACUGGAGCGACCAUUGACGGUCAAGAGCAACUGAAUAGUGUUUCAAACGGGAAUAUGAGUAAUGGUGGUAGUUUGCUGCAAACUGCUGACGAGAAGAGCGAUGCCAGCCAAGGUCAGAGAUUGUAUCGUGCGGCCCUGUUGGUUAUAUGUUUUGUCUCAGCACUUUCUCUUGGGCUUACCUUGCUGAUGUUGUUUGGUGUGUUUCACGCUGGUUCACCACAAUGUACCUGCUCUGGAGAAACAGAAAUAUCAGAACUUAAGAAGAAUCAACAAGAGCUGAAAAGGAACCUCUCGGCUUUGAGAGAACCAGUAGGUCAAAAUUCUUCCCUAUUAAUUAGGGAAGAAAAUUCAAAGGUUUCAAAGAGGAUUCUAGAAAAUAACAUUGCUGAGGUUUCAAAAGGUUUAGAGAAUCUGGAGAAUAACUUUACCAAGGUGGAAAAGAAACUGGAAAAUAUCACAUGCCCACUGGGAUUCAAUAGCACUAAAGGUGGUAUUGGACCAGCCGGACCAGCCGGACCUGCUGGACCUGCCGGACCUCCAGGAUAUAAUGGUACUCAGGGCCCUCGUGGACCAUCCGGUUACAAUGGUACCCAGGGACUACCUGGACCUGGGGCCAGUUCCUGUGUUUACAAGAUUGCAUCCAGCCCGGGUAUGGGAGCAGGUUCGGCCGCUAGGCAAGAAGUGGAAAUGAAGGAACCAAACAAUACGACGUUUAUUGGUGUAAACUGUGAUACAAAUGACGCAAAAUUUGUAAAAUUAUCAAGCACCAACUCAGGUGACGAGAGAACCUACAAGUGCUUUUGCGAAGGUACCCUUUCAAUGGGGAUGUCAAAUCUGUAUUGCUACAUGCACUACUGGGAGUGUCAGUCCUAA